AUGUGUUUCUGCAGCGAUCCGCUUCAACGUAGAGGGCGCCAAGUGAGGGGUGCCGGGAUGAAUAAACGGCAGGCGUCUCGCCUGCAAUGGAUGCUGUGUAUAGCCUCAUUGGCACAUGCACAAGUAGAAACGGGGAAUCUUGUCGAAUCCCAGAAUUUUGAUACUGGCGCUUUUGAUAUGCCCAUCAGUGUAGCAGCAGCCAACAUCAAAAAGGAAGCCACUGAAGUCGCCGCUUCAGUUAUGGAUGUUGAGAAAAGAGAUGCUCUUCAAGUUGCCGAGAAGCAAGCCCACAUCCGAGAUCUUCAGGAUCGUGUUUCUGCCGCAAAGCGACUCAUUGCAAAAAUUAAGCUGGCUGCUGACAAGGCAGUGCAAGCGCAAAAAGCAAAACACAGUGGGCUUAAAGAGCUUGGAGAGGGGGAGACAGUGCAAAAUGACAGCACUUUGGCAAAGAUUCAGCAGCUAUCCAGAAUGCAGGCUCGAAAUGACAGGCUAAAAGAACUCAAAGAGGAAGAGGAGAAGUAUAGAGCUGAACUCCACCAGCUAAAGUCGAAGCUUGCGCGAGCUUCUACUGCCAUCGAGAAAGUGAAGGCUGCAACUGCAGAGGUGAGACAUUUGAGUCAAAUGGCCGAGGCAUCAGACUCCGUUUCGUCAGCACCAUCUACAAAGGAUGCUCCCAUUCGACCGGCAUCCACAGCAUCUACAGGGGAUCAACCCAGAGUUGAAGCUCCAAAGACGGCAUCCAAGCUUCAAGUCUCGAGGAGGGAGCUUCAGAAAAUGGUGUUGAAGUUGCAAGCAGACAAGGAAUUAGAGGCAACCGCCAAAGCCAACGAAGAAAAUGCACAUCGUGCAGUGCUCACAGACCUGCACAGACUUGAGCAGAUGGAGCAAAGCUUUGCCUAG